AUGGCACGACGCAGGUAUAGGCUGUUUAUGGUCUGUGCCGUCGUCAUUCUCUUCCUCCUCUACAGAGUCUCGCAGAACACAUGGGAGGACCCUGCCCAUCAUGCCAGUCUUUACCGUCCUCCCACCUCGAACUCCCCUGCUGCUGCGGGAGUAGAGAGCCAGCCGAAGCCGCCUCCGAAGCCUGCGCCCGAGCCCGAGAAUAUACCUGAAUCUAAGCCGAAGCCUCAGCCCGACAAGCCCGACGACGAUGAUGACGGGCCUGGCGUCAAAAUCCCCAAGCUAAAGGAGCUGGACGAUUCGAAACCGCAGGUCAAUGGCAAGGCAUCUGCCCAUGCAGAUGCGGAAUCAAAGCCUGCAAACAAUAAGAUAGCCCCUACCAAUGAGGAUGAAGAGAUUGAAGAUAUUCACCAGAAGAAUCCGCCAAAGAACGCCCCUGGAGUGCCGGCAGACACCCGAAUCCAUUGGAGGCCCGUUACCGAGCACUUCCCUGUGCCUACCGAAUCCAUUAUAAGCCUCCCCACGGGGAAGCCGCAAAAAGUUCCCCGAGUGCAGCACGAGUUUGGCGUCGAGUCACCGGAAGCUAAAUCUACACGAGUCAGGAGACAAGAGCGUGUUGCUAAAGAGAUUGAGCGGGCGUGGUCGGGCUACAAGAAGUUUGCGUGGAUGCACGAUGAGCUGUCGCCCGUCUCCGCCAAGCAUCGCGAUCCCUUUUGCGGUUGGGCCGCCACUUUGGUCGAUUCCCUAGACACUCUGUGGAUUGCAGGCCUCAAGGAAGAAUUCGACGAGGCGGCCAAAGCCGUUGAAAACAUUGACUUCACCACCACCCCUCGCAGCACUAUUCCUGUUUUCGAAACGACCAUCCGAUAUCUUGGCGGUUUGCUCGGUGCCUUCGAUGUCAGCGGUGGCCAUGAUGGUGGCUAUCCCAUACUUCUGAAAAAGGCUGUUGAACUCGCCGACAUCCUCAUGGGUAUAUUCGAUACGCCAAACCGAAUGCCGAUUCUAUACUACCAAUGGCAGCCAGAAUACGCUUCGCAGCCUCAUCGAGCCACCUCCGUCGGCAUAGCGGAGCUUGGAACGCUCUCCAUGGAAUUUACACGCCUGGCUCAGCUUACCAGCGACUACAAAUACUACGAUGCCGUGGAUCGAAUUACUGAUGCUCUGAUUGAGCUCCAAAAACAAGGCACCUCCAUUCCCGGUCUAUUUCCCGAGAAUCUAGAUGUCUCUGGAUGCAACCAUACCGCAACUGCAGAUCUACGCAGCUCACUUAGUCAAGCAGCGCAGAAGCAGAUGGACCAAGACCUUUCUGAGAAGCCGGGUAAUUUUAUUCCUGGAAAAGGCACCAAGACCGAACCGCACAAUGCUGAGAAACGCCCCGCGCAAGGUACCGACAGCAACGAUGCUGAUGAAAAUAAAUCUGUCGAGAAACCCAGCCAGGUGCCAUCCCAACAGACGGCAAGGCGAGGAGCGCCGCCUUUUGGAGCCGAUGGCUUCACGGCCAACUGGGAUUGUGUUCCUCAAGGUCUGAUAAUCAGUGGAUACGGGUUUCAGCAAUAUCACAUGGGAGGUGGUCAAGACUCGGCGUAUGAAUAUUUCCCGAAAGAGUAUCUACUUCUCGGCGGUCUGGAGUCCAAAUACAAGAAACUGUACGAGGACUCUGUCGAAGCAAUCAACGAGUGGCUCCUCUACAGGCCCAUGACAGACGGCGAUUGGGAUAUUCUAUUCCCUGCCAAGGUCCAAACAGCUGGAAAUCCCACUGAAGACCUAAUGGCAACGUUUGAAGUUACUCACCUGACGUGUUUUAUUGGUGGUAUGUAUGGCCUAGGCGGCAAGAUCUUUGGUCGAGAGAAGGAUCUUGAGACAGCCAAGAGGCUGACGGACGGCUGCGUCUGGGCAUAUCAGUCGACUGUCUCUGGUAUCAUGCCGGAAGGUUCCGAAGUCUUGCCGUGUCCAACACUCGAAAAGUGCGCUUUUAACCAAACCCUCUGGUGGGAGAAGCUGGAUCCCGCAAAGGAUUGGAGAGACAAGCAGGUGGCCGAGUGGGAAGAGAAGAAGGCGGCGUUUGACAAGCAAAAGGGAAACAAGGCCCAAGAAAGCAAAGGGGACCCCAGGAAAACUAGCGACAAGGAUAAGGAGACAGCCGGUGAAGCCUUGAAGGAAACUGCCCAAGACUAUGGCGACUCCACUGGUAACUCCAAGGCCAUUCACAAGAGGGCAGUAAUUCCGCCGCCAAAGUCGGGGGAUGAAGAGGUUGGUUCAGAGCUGCCGCAGUCGCUCAAGGAUAAGAUCGGUCUCAAGGGUGAUGAGAAGAAAAAGCCAGCAAACAGUGGCGUCGGUAUCCAGCGAGAGCCUGGUGCGCCAGUCGACUCGGUAUUGGAGGCCAAACGACUCCCUCCUCAGGAACCGAAGGAGCAGGAAAUCAUUCUUCCAGAGAAGCCUCAGACGCACGAGGAGUUUGUAAAGCAACGGAUUGCCGAAUUGGGUCUUGCCCCCGGUUUCGUUCACAUCACUUCCAGACAGUAUAUCCUCCGACCCGAAGCCAUUGAAUCGGUAUGGUACAUGUAUCGCAUCACUGGCGAUCCUAUUUGGAUGGAGAAGGGCUGGAAGAUGUUCGACGCCACGAUGAACGCCACCCGCACAGAGAUAGCCAACAGCGCCGUUGACGAUGUCAACAGCCCAGAGCCCGGGCUCAAGGACGAAAUGGAGAGCUUCUGGCUCGCCGAGACGCUCAAGUACUACUACUUGCUGUUCUCGGAGCCAAGUGUUAUCAGCUUGGACGAGUGGGUGCUCAAUACCGAGGCUCAUCCUUUCAAGCGGCCC